AUGGCACGAACACACUCGUCAUACACGGCCAGCCCUGCGCGCACGCGCUCGCCGCGACGUAGCGCAGCGCAGCGCAGCAGCUCCGAGGAUGGCUCGCAGUAUGAAAUGGACCUGGACGCGUUGGGACUAAACUCGACAUUCGAGUCGACGGCGCUGGAAGGCAGCCAUGAGCCGCCUGUGGACCGCGUCGACAGCAGCGAGGUCGAAGGCCCGGACGACUUCACCAUGAACAUGACAUACUGGAUGACCGCCGACCUGCCGCCCGCACACGUCAAGUCGCGGAAAGAAGCCAAGAAAACAGACAGCCGGCCUGCGACAAGCAGAGAGCGUCCCACAGGUGAGGAACGUAGCCAGCAGGCGCCAGCAGCGCUCAGAUCGUCCACGGCGGCGUCGCCCACGGUGCGCGUCGACAACGGCACUACAGCCAGCCGCGAGCGCAGCACCCCGGCCUCGGAGCGCUCUAUGGAGAACGACGAGAAGGUGCGCAGCUUCCUCAGCGCCCUGCCCGAUGCCAACCUCGACCUCGACCUCGACCACCUCCCUGCCGGCACGCCCCUGCACGGCCCUCACCACAGCCUGCUCCAGGUCCCGCGCUCCUCGCCGCCCAAAGCCCGCUCUCUGCAGCCCACCGUCGAGGACGUCGACACCCCGCGCAAGCCCACCCAGCAGACCGUCAUCCACCACCCUUCGCCCACCGCCCGCGACGAUCACGACCGCGCGCACGACCACGACCACGAUCACAGGCGCUCGGCACCCCAGGACCGCGUCGUCCAGCUGCAGGCACGCCUAGACCAGCAGGAGCUUGCCGCCCGCACACGCAUCACCGAGCUCGAGACUAUCCUCGCCUAUACGCGCACCGAGCUCGAGACCGCACGAGACGACAACUACAAGCACAAAGACAACAUCGCCGGGCUGCAACGCUUGCUCGAGGAACAGCGGGUCAAUCAGAAUGCAGUCAAUGACUCUCUUGAAAGCCGCCUGAAGGCUCAGCACGAUGCGCACAAGCUGGAACUGCAGGAACGCGAAGAAGAGCUGCAACGGGACCAUGCACUCCAGCUUCAAACCCAGCAUGCGGAGUUCCAACGUCAACAUAAAGAGCUUGAAGCAUCAAGGUGCGCAGCUGGCAAAGAAGCAGAGACGACGUGUCAGACGCUUGAAAACGUACAGGCACAGGCGACCCAACUCAAACAGUCAAACGAUCAGCAUGUUCAACGCAUGAAAGACAUGCAAAUGACGCAAGAAAAGAGAACAGAGCAAGACUUUGCCACUGAAAGGUCCGAAAUGCAGAGCAAGCUGGCAGCUGUCCAAUCCCAUGCAGACACUCUACAAGCCGAUUUGGCGCGCGCCACGGCCGAAGCAAAGGCCUCCCGUGAAGACCCACAAGCACUGGAUACCCACAACGCUGCCACAAAGUCCACAACCGACCACUACCUCUCGCGCAUAGCAUACCUUGAGACGCAUCUUCAAGAUGCAAAGUUCUCACUCGAAUGUGCCCAAGCUGAUGUCGCUGCAAAAGCGCAACUCUUCCAGACAAACAUCGAUCUCAACACUAGUCUUCGAACCUUGCGCAGCGAGCUCGACACCCAGCGAGGCGCGUUCGACAGCCUGAGGUUGAGAAGAAGUUCUCACUUGACAUCAGAGUCGCAGCUACACCUAGAACUCACUGCAAAAGAACAACUCGUAGUCCAACACGUUGCUGAGAAGGAAGUUCUGGAACACCAACUCAGCACAGCGCAGGGUCGCAUCUCAGGUCUUGAAUCCAGUCUCGCUGCAUUGCGAACACAGCUUGCAGACGCGCAUCGCGAAAUCGGAAGCGUCCGCACAGAUGUUGAGCGUGUCUCAAACGAACUUGACGAUGCGAACGACCGUCUAGCCGACGCACGUGCAGAGGCAGAUCGCCGCGUUGCGGAUAUUGAGAAAAAGCUCGCCAAGACGAAAGACUUGAAACUAGAGGCUGAGAGCAAGUUAAGGGAGCUGAUGUCUCAGCACGAUGACUUGGUGGAAGGGCAUGCAGCAAUGCUGGAGAAAGUGCGUGACAAGGCCGAAGACGCAGUACGCAAGACAGGUGCUCUCCUCACCCAGGAAAGGAAAGAGAAAGCUAGACUGAAGAAGGAUGUGGAGCGGCUGCAACGCGAGAUGGAACAACUCCGGGCCAACGAGCAUGGAACUGACGAGUCCGAUAACACUACCCAAUCACACUUAGUGGUCGGGCAGCUCGAUGACACCAAUGACAAAGAGAUCGAGAGUCUGCGCACCAUCAUCAAGAACCAGAUUGCGGAGACAAAAACAUUAAACUCAUCGCACGCCUCUGCCCUAACCUCUCUGCGCACUACACACGAAGCAGCCCUUACAGCCCUUCGCUCCGAGGUAUCAACCCUCCAGCAGCGCCUCGACAUCCAGGCCCGCGACCACGAAGCCAUCAACGCAGCCAUGGACGAGCAGCUCUCGCACCUCCUAUCGAAACUCAUGAAAGAACGCGCCCGCACCGUUGUAGGCAAGCGCGACGAUCAGUGGGAAGAAGUGCAGAAGAGCGCCGCGUCCGAGAAGGAACUGUUGGGUAAAAUGCUUCUGAGGCAAUGGGGGAGGGAGGAGUGCGGGAUUGCAGAGGAGAAGAGGGGACAGAAGCAGUUGUUCGAGUAUAAGUAUGCUGCCAAGGAAAGGUGA